UUGAAUCCGCUGAUGAAAUGGAGAAAGCCAUAAUGGCAACUUAUUUUCAUCUAUGUUCGACGGAUGAAAAUCCAAGGCACGAUAAUUGCCCGGUAGGUGCAGACAGCUGGUGCGGGUAUCAUGCCGCUCAGGCCUCAGGUCAAAAUUUCAAGCACCCGCCUCCGUUUCAUUCAGAUGUCGAGAAAAAUAUUUUGCCCAUUUAUCAAAGCCUUUCUAAUCACGACCUAUUAGAAAGAUGCUUAGGCGGGCAUACACAAAAUGCAAAUGAAAGCUUUAAUGCUACAGUUUGGCGACUAACGCCAAAGCAUUUGCAUUCGGGGCGAAAAAUAAUCGAAAUCGCCAGCUAUAUAGCCGCUGGCAUAUUUAAUGAAGGGUAUGCUGCCAUUUUACAUAUAAUGGAAACAUUAGAAAUAACAAUCGGACCUCGGUGUAAGUUGUACGCCGACACUUACAAUGCCAAGCGGACGAAGAGGCAGAAGCGCCGCAGCUUAUGGAGCAGCAAAGAGGCUCGAAUGGCUCGAAGACAAUUGCAAAUCGAGCAAAACGAGUUGUUCGAAGAAGCGGAAGGAUUGUUAUACGGGCCUGGAAUAGCAGACUAAUAGAAAACAGCUACGAGUACAAAAGGAACAGGAGCACCCGCAAAUUCAGACGUUCGACGCCGAGACACUGUACAUAUGCCGUCCUACU